AUGGCGGGCGCCGGAGCAUGCGGAGCGCAGCGCCUGCGCGGCGGUUUGAGUAAGCGGCUGCGCGAUUGGCUGCGGGAUGGUUCAGGGCCCUGUUCAAACUCCAGCGCUGACCAUUCACCGGCGGAAGCGGCGGCGCAGGAGGCGGCGGCGGCCCAGCAGGGGCACGUAGCGGGCUCUGGCACCAGCUCCGGCGGCGGCGACCAGCGAGAGCUAGGCCCGGGCCCGGCCGGCGGCGCUCGAGGCGGGGAGGGAAGUUGCGGGGCCGCCGUUCCUCCCCCCCCCCACUGGGCUUCCUAUUUACCGAAAGCGGAGCCCCUCGCCUCUCUCGGCUCUCACCAGCCGGCCCUGCUUUCCCGCGCGGGGGUUCCGCGCCCGCUCGCGGGCCGUAGGGAGCGGGAGAGGCGGAGGCGGCCCGUGGCCAAAGCACCCGCCAGGCGCCGAGGGUAA